AUGGCCCUAUCCAGUUGUUAUGUUGUUGUGUACUACAAAGGGGAUGGUAUUCCGUUGAAAGUUUCUUUAGAUACUAUGAUUCGUGACUUUAAAAUAUCUGUUUGUGAUUAUUGGAGAAACUUGACUCCUCGGAGCAUAAGAUUUAUUAGUCGUUGUGAUAAAGCUCUCAUUAAUUGUGAUUAUUCUCUUCAAGGUCUAAUUGUUGUUACUUGUUCAAGGGAAUUAUCAAUUUUUGAUUUGUUUGUUAAGGAGGCUUGUCAUGGUGUUGCUUCUAGCUCUUCGUUUGGUAUUUCCACGCAGUCGCUCAGUAACGAUGAAUCAUGCACUGGGUUCACUGAGACUUCAAAGAUUAAAUACCUGACGGAAGGUCAUGAGCAAUUGAAACCUCUUUUAUCCGAAGAUUGGGAGGAUAUUUUUAAAGGUUUUGGUCAAGUUUUUCAUGGUGGUGUUGAUGAGGUUCGCUUAGCUGUCAGCAAAUACUGCAGAAAGUCUGGCUAUACAGUUGCAAAGGUUAAGAAUGACAAACUCAGGUUCACAGGCAAGUGUGGUAGGAAUGCAGAAUGUCCUUGGUAUCUGCAUUGUAUUCCAAUCGAUACCGCUAAAAGUGUCUUUGCUAUCAAGGAAUUCAAUAGGGAUCAUAAAUGUGGUGGUGCUUAUAAGCUGAAGGACCCACCCGUGAAGAAGAAAUUGAUUAAGCAUAUAUUCAAGGAUCAAAUACAGUCAAAUCCGUCGAUAAAGCCUAAUUAUAUGGUUUCUCAGGUGAAGAGUUGUUAUGCAAUAAAGGCUACUAAUCCUGGCAGUUAUAUUAAGUUUGAGUAUGAUAAAGAGACUAAACGUUUUCAGAGGAUUUUCAUAUGUUUUGCUUCCUGUAUGGAAGGAUACCGAUUCAUUCUUCCUAUGCUUUACUGUGAUGCAACAUUUCUCAAUGGGAGAUUCAAGGGAACAGUGAUGGCUGCCACUGGUGUGAAUGGAAACCAAGGAUUUUUUCCUUUUGCGUAUGCUUUAGUUCCUAGAGAAGACAUUGAAGGGUGGGAGUGGUUUAUGGAGAACUUGCAGCAUUGUGUCGACUCUCUUCCUAUCACCUUUAUCACUGAUCGUCAUGAAGGGCUGAAGCAAAGUAUUCCCAAGUAUUUUCCCAACUCUUAUCAUAGUUAUUGUUUCCAUCAUUUGAAGAAUAACCUCCCCAUCAAUAAAUCACAUGAGAAGUAUAAACAAGUUCAAGAUUUGUUCCAUAAAGCUGCAUACUACUAUAGUGUUGCUAAAUAUGAGUCUGCUUUAAAUGAGAUGUGUAUCAUAGGAUGUGGUUGGGUUGCCAAGGAUCUGCCUCCAGCUGCUCUUGUUGAUGAGAUUAGGAUAAAGAUUAUGAGGAUGAAUGCAGAAAGGCGUGAGCUCGGUAGAAAUUAUAGUGAUAGUUUGACUCCCAUCUAUAAAUCUCUACUCAAUUCACAUGUCGAUAUAGGGCGUCCAUGGAGUGUUACAGAGUCAGGUAAUGGUAUAUAUGAGGUUCACUCUCCUAGCUCUUAUAUUGUUGAUCUGAUGCAUAUGACGUGCACUUUCCAGAGAUGGAAAGUGUUUGGUUUCCCCUGUGUUCACGCCACUGCUGCUAUUACUAUGAGUGGUAUUGAGAUGUUGAGGUUUGUUCAUCUUUACUUUGGUUCGAAUCAUUUUCGCCAUAAGUAUGCUCCUGCAAUUCGACCCAUUCCCAAUUACGACAGGCCAGAAGCAUAUGAACCUGAAGAGAGAGUCCUAACUGGUAUUCCAAGGCCACCUCCAGGAAGGCCACCAAAAAAGCGCAUUCGUGGUGCUUAUGAGAAGGAGAGGAGGCCUAUGAAGUGCUCAAAUUGCAAGAAGAUUGGGAACCACAACAAAGCUACCUGUCGUGUAUUAAUGUUAGAGUAG